AUGCUGAUGCACCCAUCGCGCGCCGCGCGCCGCAACCACAGCUGGGUCGAAGUGACGCGAGUGGCGGCCGACUGCCUCGGCCUCCGCUAUCCUGAUGGCACACCGUUUGCCGAGGGAGCUUCCCGCGGCUUUCCCGACGACACCGGAGAGGGCGUCCACCGAGGCGACUACGGCUUGGGCCUUGGCACCGGGGAGGCGACCAACUCGAGCGCCGACCUUUUCCCAUAUGCGCUUGGCAUCCCGUGCUCGCGAAGCAACUUUGGCUGCUACCACCCCGGCGACAAGCUGUACUGUACGCGAGCCAUGGCGAGAGGGUACGACUCGAUCCAGAUCAUGCGUGGUCGUGGGGGGCUGCGCCGCAACACACCGAAAAGAGAAAAACCGCACCCGCGGCUGGCACAGGAGGCGGCGCGGCACGCCGACGAGCUGCUGGCGGAGGUCGAGGCUGAGAAGCGCGCCAAGGGCAAGAAGGGCAAGAAGAAGAAGAAGGGCGGAGGGGCGGGCGCGGCUGGGCCGUCGCAGGAGGCGGAGGAGGGUGCCGAGGCGCCGUCGGAGGCAGCUGAGGCCGCGAAGAAGGCCGAGGAGGAGAGAAUGAUGAGGCUUCUCGAGAAGUGUCACGAGGAGCGGAUGCGGUUCGGCAUCACGGCGGCGAGCCAGGCAGCGGCGUCGGCAGAGGCCGACUCGGCGCUUGAGGGGCGCGAGACGGAGCUUCAGGCGGCGAUAGGCGCUGCAGAGGCCACGGGAAUUGCUGCGGGCGCGGCGAGGGCCAGGGCGGACGCUGCCAGGGAGGCUGCGGAUGCGGCCCAAAGCGAUGCCGUUGCAUAG